AGACUUUUUUCCCCAAAUUUAUUCUUACUGUUCCAAUAAUAACAACAACCCAUUAUAAUCUCACAAGUGAGGUAUAAGGACGGUGGUGUGCACGCAAACCUUACCCCUAUCCUAGGGGUAGAGAGAUUGUUUCCGAUAGACCCCCGGCUCAAGAAGAGGAAAAGAAACAAUAGAACGGUAACAACAACAGAGGUUAUUAUUACAGUUCCAAUUAAUGAAUUGUCAAUUAAGAGAGCUGUAUAACGAGAGAUCAAGGGUAGUUUAGACAAAAAGACUUAUAAUUAAGGCUAUUAAUAUUUUUUUAAGGAGUGUGCAAGAACUUUAAAAAAAUAUUAUGUGGACCUGCGAUAGAAAGAAUUAAACUAAAGCAAGCAUGUCAAUGACAAAUAGCAUUGGGAGUUAACAUGGAGCUCUAUUUCCCAGCCACCAGUCGUUUGUCCCAACCACCAUUCUAGUCCUGGCAUCGAGAUUUGUGAGGUAAAACUAAACUAAAAACCUUAACCAAAACCAGGUUAGCUAUGAGUCACGUGCAUGCUUGGUUGAUGAAUUCUACAAAACAUGCAUGAUAUAUCUACAAGAAAUCUUAAGCUUUACUUUCCAGUCAACUCAAGAGAACCUACCCAUUUUGCCAUCCAUAUAUAAAACUCAACUAGAGCAUCAAACUAUAAUAAAAGGGAAAGAAAGAAAAAGCAAGAAAUAAUACAGAGAUGGUGGUGAUCAGUGCAGUAGUUCCAACUCCUUCAAGAGUUGAAAGCUUGGCUAAAAGUGGAAUUCAGGCCAUCCCUAAAGAGUAUGUGAGGCCACAAGAAGAGUUAAAUGGCAUAGGGAACAUCUUUGAGGAAGAGAAGAAAGAUGACGGACCUCACGUACCGACGAUUGAUCUGAAAGAAAUCGACUCAGAGGACAAGGAAAUUCGAGAGAAAUGCCACCAAGAGUUGAAGAAAGCAGCUAUGGAAUGGGGUGUCAUGCACCUUAUUAACCAUGGCAUAUCAGAUGAGCUAAUUGAUCGCGUCAAGGUUGCUGGAGAGACCUUCUUUGAUCAACCUGUUGAAGAAAAGGAGAAGUAUGCUAAUGACCAACCCUCUGGCAAUGUCCAAGGCUAUGGCAGCAAGUUAGCAAAUAGUGCUUGUGGUCAGCUUGAGUGGGAGGAUUACUUCUUCCAUUGUAUUUUCCCUGAGGACAAGCGCGACUUGUCCAUUUGGCCGAAAACCCCUACUGACUACAUUCCAGCAACAAGUGAAUAUGCCAAGCAGAUCAGGAACCUAGCAACAAAGAUUUUGGCAGUGCUUUCUAUUGGGCUGGGACUAGAAGAAGGAAGACUAGAGAAGGAAGUCGGAGGCAUGGAGGACCUGCUGCUUCAAAUGAAGAUUAAUUACUAUCCCAUAUGCCCCCAACCAGAACUAGCACUUGGCGUUGAAGCUCAUACUGAUGUGAGUGCACUGACUUUUAUCCUCCACAAUAUGGUGCCUGGGUUACAACUUUUCUAUGAAGGAAAGUGGGUAACGGCAAAGUGUGUGCCUAAUUCCAUAAUCAUGCAUAUUGGGGACACCCUCGAAAUCCUAAGCAAUGGAAAGUACAAGAGCAUUCUUCACAGAGGGGUUGUGAAUAAAGAGAAAGUAAGAAUCUCAUGGGCUAUUUUCUGUGAGCCGCCAAAGGAGAAGAUCAUCCUUAAGCCCCUACCAGAGACUAUCACCGAGGCUGAGCCACCUCGAUUCCCACCUCGCACCUUUGCACAGCAUAUGGCCCAUAAGCUCUUCAAGAAGGAUGAUCAGGAUGCUGCUGCUGAACACAAAGUCUCCAAGAAGGAUGACCCGGAUUCUGCUGCUGAACACAAACCCUUCAAGAAGGAUGAUCAGGAUGCUGUUGCUCAGCAAAAAGUCCUCAAGGAGGAUGAACAGGAUGCCGCUGCUGAGCACAAAGUCUUCAAGAAGGAUAAUCAGGAUGCUGCUACUGAAGAAUCUAAAUAGCUUCUCUUGUUGUCACUCUGAUGGUUUUAUGCGAAGAAAUUUUCAAAAUUUUUAUGCUUGUUCUGAAGUCACAAGUGAUCCAUGAUUUUGUUUCCUCUGCAAUGUCUUUAUUUAGUAAACAUAUCUGUUAAAUUUCAAGAAAUAUUAUUCCCUUGUAUAGGAACUACACCAGUUCUUGUGCAUCCCCCGGAUGCUUUCAUCAAUAAAACUACAAUUACUUCAUC